ACCUUGCUUCCCCUUCAAGUCAGUGUAGCCGUGGCUGUCUUAGAUUCUUAUAUAAUCGGUGCUUCCGACGACUAGCUGCUAGCCGCCCUCCCCUCGCACCAUCCAGACUAGAGCCGCAUGCUGAUGCUGACACGAUGCUUUACUGGCAGAACACGCAGCUGGCACUGAUCCACAUCCCGCUGCACCUGUACUCCAACUUCCUGCAGCCCAUCCUGCAGCUGGUGCUACCCUCGAGCCGCCGCCCCACCAGUGCCGACGGUGUGCGCGCCCGCCGCUCCUGGGCCUACGAGCACCCCUUCACCAACAUCUCCGUCACGCCCAUCGAGUGCUCGGUCGCGUGUUCGCGCGAGCUGGCCCAGGACCUGUUUGUUGCCGUGCGCGACCGCCUCGAACCCACCUUACGCGACCAGGUCUCCAUCACCCAUGAGGACUACGUCGUCAUGCAGGUCGACGGCGAGGGCCUCGACGCCGGCCAGCGCGUCCUCGAGCUAACCAGCCCCCUAGCCAUGGCGGGAAUCUCUAUCUUCUUCAUCACGACCUACUUCUCCGACUACAUCCUGGUGCCGCAGCGCGCGCGCGGGCACGUCGUGCAGGCGCUCGAGGACCGCGGCUUCGCGUUUGAGCACACGACGUCAUCGUACGUGAACCCGGCCAACGGCGUGCACACGCGCUCGCACUCGGGGUCGUCAUCGUCGGUGGACGCGCCGAUGGCAGGCACGCCGCCGCCCGCGACCAUCGACGAACUGCAGACGCGCACGUUCGCGCUGCUCAAGCAGCGCAACAUCCUCUUCACGGUGGACCCGAGCAUCCAGCUCGUGCAGUGCGCCGGCAGCAAGGACAGCAGCGGCAGCAGCGCGAGCAGCAGCAGCGCGACGACGCUGACAAACGGCACGACGACGACGAAGAGCAACGGGGCGCCGCACCGGCCGCCGAGCAGCGCGCCCGAAGACCCGCUGCACCUGGGCCUCGUGAAAUGCCUGAUCAGCGCGCCGCACCCGGCGUUCCUGUCGUUGACGCUGACGGACACGGAGCCGGCGUCGGUGCUGCUGGAGAAGCAGCUGCUGGCGCACUUUGCGGCCGACGCGCUGCUGGGCGGCGGGCAGGAAGCCCUCGUGCCCCUGACGCUCGACCUGCGCGGCAUCCCGCUCGAGAGCACCGGCAUCGUCUGCGGCGUUGCGGGACGCCUGGGCGCAGCGGCCCCGCAGGCCGCCCAGGAAAUGAGCUAUUUGAGCACGGCGAGGGCGGGGACUGUCAUGGUUGCUGAGGGGGAGUUGGAGGGGGCGUUGGAGGCGUUGAGGGGAGUUGGUGCCGGUGCUGAGGGGGGUGUUGGUGUGGGCGUAGGCGGGGGUGAUAGCAUGUUUGUGAUGGAGUAGGGAGUAGGCUGUGGGUGGUGGGGGAUGGGAUGGGACGGGACGUGCUGAGAAAGAUGAAACAAAAAAUGGUGAGACGGGCGUUCAAAGUAGGUAAUGUCGUUGUGUUGGAGCGAGAGGAAAAAAAAGGGGGAGCAUUGGACGGACAUCAAUGCCAAAACAACAACUGCUGCUACAACAGCUACAACACACGACUACGGUAUAACGAAGGCCUUUUCGGUUUACUUGUUUGCUCGUUUGUUUGUUUGUUUGUUUGUGUGUGAUUGGUCGGCCAAUUGAUCUUUGCUCUUGCUCUUGCUCUUGCUCUUGCUCUUGCUCUUUGUCAUUUCUUUGUCGUCGUUGUUUUAGUCCUGUUUGUGUGUCAUGUUUGUUGGUUCAGUGCAGUUGGGCUGUGUUCUGUUCUGUUUAAGGCAGUUAUGUUGGGUUAUGUUGGGCUGGGUCAGCAUAGUGCGGUAGCAUAGUUAGUAGCAUGUCUGCGUGCGUGCGUGUGG